AUGUUUGGCAUCUAUGACUAUCUCCACCAGUUGGUGGAUCAGGCUUUUGCCUUCACCAAACUCGUCCAGAAUCGCGAAGUAGGAUGGUUAACGGUCGACCGCAAGACAGGCCACUACAAGCGCGAGAAGCAACCGACAUUGAAAAAGCUCAAACUUCUGGUGCUUUUUAACCCUUUGAUGGAAUGGAUUGAUCGGACACAUCUGUUACGGUUGUGGACGCAUGAGAAGAAUCUUGAAAAAGGCAGAAAAGAAGGAACCCCCCAAUCGCGCAAGCAGAUCAAAAGCUUCAUCGACUUCUACCAAAUUGACAUGUCAUCUUUCGAGCCCUCAGACCCCGAGAAAUACGAAACUUUCGAGGAUUUCUUUGUUCGGAAACAUGCCCCCGGUGCAGGCCCAAUCUUCGCGCAAAAUGAUCCCACAAAAGCUAUUGCCGUUGCCGAUUCAAGGGUUGUUGUUUAUCCGACUGUCGAAGCAACGCGCAGAUUGUGGAUCAAGGGCAGCAAGUUCACCAUUGAUCACCUCAUCAAGGACCGUGACCGGGCGAAGCCAUGGGAAAACGGUGCCGUUGCCAGUUUCCGCCUUAGUCCUCAGGAUUAUCAUCGCUAUCACUCUCCCGUCGAAGGCAAGGUACAAUGGUACAAGCAGAUCCCCGGUGAUUAUUUCCAGGUCGAUCCGAUAGCUCUGCAGAGCUCGGUGAACAUUCUGACUGAAAAUGCACGCUGCUGCGUGUGUAUCGAGACGGAGGACUUUGGACUUGUACUGUUCGUAGCCAUCGGGGCUACUGAUGUGGGAACUGUUGGCUUUCAUGAAGAGAUGAUGACUGCGGGCCACCAUGUCAAGAAAGGCGAUGAGAUCGGCCUGUUCCAGUUUGGUGGGUCGAGUAUCUUGGUGGCUUUUGAGAAGGACCGGAUCCAGUUUGACCAGGAUCUGGAGCAGUUGAGCCAUCAGCAGAUCAUGGUAAAUGUCGAGGUUGGAAUGAGCUUAGGGAAAGCGACACAGCCGAAGGCGAGAUGA